CUACAGACAAAUAAAAAAUUGAACCAAUCGUUGCAAUUGCACUUCAGUUUUCGUUCAGAAAUAAAUACGUAGCUGCAAAUAGAGGACUAUCUCCGCCGACAUUUAAGAAGUACAGUUAAAACCGGGAAAAUGGAGAGAGCAGGCCUCUUGGCCGUUUUGGCACUGUGCUGCGCCUUUGGCGUCUUCGCCGCUGCCACGCCCCUUUUGGGCUCCAGCAAGUGCACCUGGGGACCCUCCUACUGGUGCGGAAAUUUCAGCAACUCCAAGGAAUGUCGUGCCACCCGCCACUGCAUCCAAACCGUUUGGGAAACCCAAAAGGUGCCGGUGGACACGGACUCCAUCUGCACGAUAUGCAAGGACAUGGUUACUCAGGCCCGCGACCAGCUGAAGAGCAACCAGACAGAGGAGGAGCUGAAGGAGGUCUUCGAGGGCUCCUGCAAGCUGAUUCCGAUCAAGCCGAUCCAGAAGGAGUGCAUCAAGGUGGCCGAUGACUUCCUGCCCGAGUUGGUCGAGGCCCUGGCCUCGCAGAUGAAUCCAGAUCAAGUUUGCUCUGUGGCCGGACUUUGCAACAGUGCUCGCAUCGACGAAUUGUAUAAGAACGGCAUUCAGGCUGGUCUUGAUGGAACCGUCCAGAAUGAAGAUGACAGCUCCGAGGAGACCGAGUUGGCCAUGCAGCCUAACCAACUUUCCUGCGGCAACUGCAACCUGCUUUCCCGCCUGAUGCACUCGAAAUUUGCGGCUACCGAUCGCGAUGACAUGGUGGAAACGAUGCUUCAUAUGUGCGGAUCGCUAUCUAGUUUCUCAGACGCCUGUGCCAACAUUGUGCUCACCUAUUUUAAUGAUAUCUACGACCAUGUGAGCAAGCACUUGACCACGGAUGCCGUGUGCCAUGUGUCCGGAGUGUGUGCCUCCAGAUAUCACCAGCAUGAAGAGGAAAAGCAACCGCAAGAAGCCUUAGUUGCCUUGGAUGCCGGCGAUGAUAUUCCAUGCGAACUAUGCGAGCAACUAGUAAAGCACCUUCGCGACGUCUUGGUGGCCAACACCACUGAAACGGAGUUCAAGCAAGUUAUGGAAGGAUUCUGCAAGCAGUCAAAGGGAUUCAAGGACGAGUGCCUUAGCAUUGUUGACCAAUACUACCAUGUGAUUUACGAGACUCUGGUCAGCAAGUUAGAUGCCAAUGGAGCCUGCUGCAUGAUCGGCAUUUGCCAGAAGAACUCCGCCUCCUCGAUGAAGGAUGUCCCAAUCAUGCCGCUGCUGCCUGUUAUUGAGCCGGCUCAGGUAAAGAUCACCAUCGAGAAGCUGGAGAAGCACGAGAAGAAGCAACUGGGCGCCAGUGAGCCGAAGUUCAGCCAGCAAGAGAUCCUGGACAUGCAGCUGCCCAUUGAUCACCUAAUGGGUGCAGCUAAUCCCGGAGCUUUGGUCGAGGGUGGAGAGCUGUGCACCCUGUGUGAGUACAUGCUGCAUUUCAUUCAGGAGACUCUGGCUACCCCCUCCACGGAUGACGAGAUCAAGCACACCGUGGAGAACAUCUGCGCCAAACUGCCCUCGGGAGUUGCCGGUCAAUGCCGCAACUUCGUGGAGAUGUAUGGCGAUGCUGUGAUAGCUCUGCUCGUCCAAGGACUGAAUCCUCGUGACGUGUGCCCCCUCAUGCAGAUGUGCCCGAAGAAUCUGCCCAAGAAGGAAGAUGUCGAAGUGUUCAAUCCCCAGCCAGCCAGCGAUGAGCAGGAUCCCCCAACUUGCCCUCUGUGCCUCUUUGCCGUUGAGCAGGCCCAGAUGAAGAUCCGCGACAACAAGUCCAAGGAUAAUAUCAAAAAGGUUCUGAAUGGCCUUUGCAGCCAUCUGCCCAACGAGAUAAAGGAAGAAUGCGUAGACUUCGUGAACACCUAUUCCAAUGAGCUGAUCGACAUGCUGAUCACAGAUUUUAAGCCGCAGGAGAUCUGCGUCCAACUGAAGCUCUGCCCAAAGACCACUUACGCUCUCUGGGACUUGCGCAUCUCGCUGGAGGACGAUGUCGAUGGUGAGGACAAAUCCAGCAGUGAGGAAAUCAGCUUCAAUGACAUUGAGUCCCUUGAGGAGCUGCCCCCUCAGCUGGCCUUCGACCCAGGAUUCACCGCUGCUCCGAACUGCCUGAUCUGCGAGGAGUUGGUUAAGACCUUGGAGAAGCGUAUGGGCAAGCACCCCACCAGAGACAGCAUCAAGCAUAUCCUGGAGGAGUCUUGCGACCGAAUGAGGAAGCCAAUGAACACUAAAUGCCACAAGGUUAUCGACAAGUACGGCGAUAAGAUCGCCGAUCUGCUGUUAAAGGAAAUGGAUCCCAAGCUUAUCUGCACGGAGUUGGGAAUGUGCAUCCUGGCUGAUCUGGAUGAUCUCGAAGUGGAUGAGGCUUUGAAGUACGACGUGAUUGCUCUGCCGCGCCAGGACAACAAGCUGUCUAGCAGCAUCAAGGAGCCGCCCACCUGCGUCCUUUGCGAAUUUAUCAUGACCAAGUUGGAUGCCGAUCUAAAGAAUAAGACCGAACAGGACGACAUUAAGCGAGCGAUUGAAGCCGUGUGCAAUCGCCUGCCAGCCACGGUGCGCAAACAGUGCGACACCUUCGUCGAUGGAUAUGCCUCUGCGGUCCUGAAAUUGCUGAGCGAUGUGCCGCCCAAGCAGGUGUGCCAGAAACUGCAGCUCUGCUUCAGCGUGGCCGUCACCGAUGAAGUUUUGGAGUGUGGUGUGUGCCAUGGAGUCACCCAGGCUCUGUUGCCCUUCCUGCGCGAGAAGAAAGAUAACGUAUCCGAAGUGACAGCCCUACAGAUGACAUCGGUGGGAUGCGAGAACUUGCCAGCCAAGUACUACAAGAUCUGCUCUGAGAUGAUCUCCAUCUAUGGCAGUAGCAUUAAGAACUUGGCCAAACGACCCUAUAUUGAUCAGUCGCAUAUUUGCGCCGAGAUUGGCAAGUGUUUCGAAAGCGAGAAGUCUUCGCUGGCCUUUGCUAGAAUUUCAGCCUAAGUGAUGCGUUGUGAUGUACGAACCAGGCGCGGAGGAUUUGAAGGAGAAGGGACCCGAUCCCACGCUUUAUAUAUGCAUAUACCUUUACAUAUAUCUGUUUACAUUCUAUAACGAUUUACUGUAAAUGAAACAUAAUUACUUACUUUUCGUUUUGUACCCCGGUUUUUGGCUCUAAAUUUGUUAGGUGAAUUUGUGAUGAAACUGAAUUUAUAAACGCACUCAAACGCCGGCUGAAAAAAGUUAAACUUAACUAAACUAACACUUACACUAAGCAGUACCCUUAUCGUAAUUUCAACAUAAAAAUUAGCGAAAUUCACGAGCCGCAAACUUUGUAUCGAUAUCCCCAUGUGUCCGAAGUCAUUUGAGCAGUGUGUGUAGUUUAAGAUAUCAAGCAAAACUGUGUAAAAUACGAACAUUGAUCUUAUAAAUCAUACAGAAAACUUAAACCG